CCCCCGAGGGACGAUGGUUCUGCGGGCCUGGCGCAGCGCGGGGGCUCGCCCGUUUCUGCUGGCUCUGCUGCUGGUGCAUCUGCCUCAGGGUCGCGGCCACCGUGCCGCGGGGCCCCGGUUUUUAAUAAGCGACCGUGACAGAGACCCUCAGUGUAACCUGCAUUGCUCCAGGUCCCAGUCCAAAGCCCUCUGUGCCUCUGAUGGCAGAACGUACGAGUCCAUGUGCGACUACCAGAGAGCGAAAUGCCGUGACUCGGGUCUGAGCGUGACACAUCGUGGCCGGUGCAAAGAUGCUGGCCAAAGCAAGUGUCGAUUAGAGAGAGCUCAAGCACUGGAACAGGCAAAGAAGCCCCAGGAAGCAGUCUUCAUCCCAGAAUGCAAUGAGGAUGGAUCAUUCACACAGGUGCAGUGCCAUACCUACACUGGAUACUGCUGGUGUGUGACACCUGAUGGCAAGCCUAUUAGCGGCUCUUCUGUACAGAACAAAACUCCUGUAUGUUCAGGUUCUGUAACUGAUAAACCAUCGAGCCAGGGUAAUUCAGGAAGGAAAGAUGACGGUUCGAAGCCAACGCCUACCAUGGAAACCCAGCCUAUUUUUGAUGGUGAAGAAAUCACAGCACCCACCCUUUGGAUUAAGCAUUUGGUCAUCAAAGAUUCCAAACUGAACAGCUCCAAUAUUAGGAAUUCAGAGAAAAUUCACUCCUGCGACCAGGAAAGGCAGAGUGCCCUGGAGGAGGCCAGGCAGAACCCCCGUGAGGGUAUCGUCAUCCCUGAAUGUGCUCCUGGAGGGCUCUACAAACCAGUGCAAUGCCACCAGUCAACUGGGUACUGCUGGUGUGUUCUGGUGGACACAGGACGCCCCCUGCCUGGUACUUCCACUCGCUAUGAGACCCCAGUGUGUGAAAGCGAUGCCAGAUUGAAGAGCACAGAGAUUGAUGAUCCAUUCAAGGACAGAGAACUUCCAGGCUGCCCAGAAGGGAAGAAAGUUGAAUUUAUUACCAGCUUACUUGAUGCUCUGACUACGGACAUGGUACAAGCUAUUAACUCAGCAGCACCUACUGGGGGUGGGAGGUUCUCUGAGCCAGAUCCUAGCCACACACUGGAGGAGCGAGUGGUACACUGGUACUUCAGCCAGCUGGAUAACAACAGCAGCAAUGACAUCAACAAGAGGGAGCUGAAGCCUUUCAAGCGUUAUGUAAAGAAGAAAGCCAAGCCCAAGAAAUGUGCCCGACGUUUCACUGACUACUGUGACCUCAACAAGGACAAGUCCAUCUCACUUCAGGAGCUGAAAGGGUGCUUGGGAGUCAGCAAGGAAGGAGGUAGCCUGAGCAGUUUUCCCAGUGGAAAAAGACAAGGCCUAAACCCUUUCACAAGGAAUGUUUUUGGUGAUUUGUUGUGUUUACAUUACAUUACUCCAUGGACAAGUUCCCAUGAAGACUCUUCUCUGCCCUCCAUAUUUUAUGGCAGUGAAUUAUGA